AUGUUUGUCUUUGCAGCUGACUCCCUUUUUCUCGUUUACUUCCUUCUAAUACCCCUCGAUGCCGACGCUUCCGCUGCGCAGUCUAUUUCUGUACCUCCAAUAACGCCCACCAAGACCAAUGAACAUCCAUACAAAGAACGAUUGUCCCUCGCAAGAGCUGCUUUGGAUGUAGGCAUAAAUGGUGGGUCAACAGAUGCAAGCGGAACGUUGGCUGUCGGGGAUAUCUACGAAACCACCCCUCUUCUUUUCUCCCAGUUGGCGGAAUUCGAUAUCAUAACUCAUAACACGACUUAUCGGGACCUUCUGAAGGUUCAGAUCCCACGAACGACGGCAGAAAUCGCGUCUUCAUCCGAUUAUGUCAGUUAUUCGAUUAUAUCCAGCAGGGCAUAUACUGCCUAUCAAGAUAGCCAUUUUCUGACGACUGCGCAACAGUUAUGGGAUUUUGGGAGAGCACACUGUAUCUCUGGUGAGGAUAUUAAAUCGAAGAGAAUUGCAACAAAGUCGUUGUCUCUUCGGAGUACAUGCGAUGGAAAGACUCUAGUCGGCGGAGUAUUUACAGUAGGUUCCAUGGCAAUCUUGUGGAUUGUGGCCUUGACUGACAUCCUGAAGACCUCCGAUGCCAAGGACGGUGAACUUGAAUCUGAAUCGACCUCAGCUUUUCUAAUCCUGUCAACGCUACUGGCGGAAGUGACUUCAAAUGCGACUUAUAUUGAAGCAGCAACGCAAACUCUUCAGUUUCUCCGCAAUUUCGCGUACUUCCCGAGUUCGAAUGGUGUUGACGGCCAGAGGAGGAUCUUUGCUUUGGAUGAUAGUAAUCAGCCCUGUCAUAGCGACAUUGUGCCGGAUUGGUAUCCAAUUACUGGAGAUCUCAUUGAGGGUCUUUCAAUUCUUGCGUCGAUACAGGACGAUACAUCAACUGAGAAUCUGUUGAGUGGCCGCCUUCAGCAAGUCAUUAAUUCCUCUACUCUCCUACGACAGGAUCAACGACCUGAUGGAAUUCUGAACAUGAACAUGACACUUGACGGCUAUCCGACGGGUGACCCAUAUCUAGUCCGCGGGCUAACGACAGCAUACAAGAAAAAUCGCAUCGACCCGGUAAUGAGUGAUUACAUCAAAGGAUUUCUGAAUGUUCAGUAUGACGCCCUGCUCAGUAACGCGAGACUCCCGGGAAACCUGUACGGAGGUUCGUGGAUCGGACCGCCCGAUCAAAAGUUCAGCCUCAGAAACCAGACAUACGGUGCGAUGGUCCUUGUCCAGGCUAUCAGCCUUGCGAAUGACACAAGCCCGGGCGGCAAUUCUACAUCGCCCAGUCUCCCAGGGCCGUCCAAGUCUCUGGAACCCGGAGUUCCAGGAAAGUCAACAGGCCCGAAUUUGAAAAUCCGUGCAAUAGUAGGAGGGGUCGUCGGAGGGUUAUCAUUCGUUGCCGUUCUUUCAGGGGUGGCUGCGUUUCUUAUCCUUCGUAGGAGACACCGAAAUCGGGAAGGCGGAGAUCAAUGGAUGUUCCUGCCUUUUCCAUUGAUACUGGAGUCGAACGGAAAUGAUAGUACAUCUCCGAUACCUCAAUCGGGGUCAAGAGUGAAAGAUCGUUCAAACUUCGCACCACAGCCUCCGGUGACUGCCAGAGAGGACACGAACCGUGACGUACCUCUUAAUGAAGACACAUAUGUCAGAUAUCAAGACAUGUCGACGGCAGAGAUGGCUCAAAUCCUGAACGCACGUUUACGGAACGAAUCGUUCAACGCCGGGAUGCCGCCUGCGUAUGAGUGA